UGAACCCCGAUGGCGUGCGGGAAGAAGAUGCACAUGCUGCUAAACCGAAUGGGUUAAAAGAGUGUGGCUUUCAUCAUCCAGAACCUCGCCAAGGGAUGCGUUGAUAUUUUAUGCGCUCGUACGAACUCUUAAGAAGAACCUUGGCGGGAAAGUGUGGAAAUCUACUCAACAAGCACUGAGAAGGCAGUUGUUCUAGAAGCACCAUGAGCUGGAGUUUUCUUACACGGCUGUUGGAUGAGAUCUCCAACCACUCCACCUUUGUGGGCAAGAUCUGGCUUACGUUAUUCAUCAUCUUCCGCAUCGUGUUGACUGUAGUGGGGGGAGAAUCAAUAUACUACGAUGAACAGAGCAAAUUUGUUUGCAACACCCAGCAACCUGGAUGUGAGAAUGUCUGCUAUGAUGCAUUUGCACCCCUCUCUCAUGUCCGGUUCUGGGUUUUUCAGAUUAUCUUGAUUACAACCCCCACUAUUAUGUACCUGGGCUUCGCUAUGCACAAGAUUGCUCGCUUGGCAGAUGAUGAGUAUAAACCACGGAACAGGAAACUCAUCCCCAUGGUCAACCGCGGAGCCAACCGUGAUUACGAGGAGGCGGAGGACAAUGGUGAGGAAGACCCGAUGAUGUCAGAGGAGAUUUUGCCGGAGAAAGAGAAGGCACCUGAGAAGCCCACCGUCAAACACGAUGGACGGCGGAGAAUUAAGCGUGACGGGCUCAUGAAGGUGUACAUACUACAGCUCUUUUCAAGGGUCAUUUUCGAGGUGGGCUUUCUCUUUGGCCAGUAUAUCCUAUAUGGUUUUGAGGUUGCCCCCUCAUACGUGUGCACACGCAGCCCCUGCCCGCACACAGUGGAUUGCUUUGUUUCGCGUCCGACAGAGAAAACCAUCUUCCUGCUGAUCAUGUAUGCUGUGAGUUGUCUUUGCUUGUCUCUCACGGUGCUGGAGAUUCUUCAUUUAGGCAUCAGUGGAAUCCGUGAUGCUUUCCGGCGACGUGCACGGCAUCAAAGUGUUGCACACCCACGUGGCGCCAUAUGCAGACAGGUGCCCACGGCGCCACCUGGUUACCACACUGCCCUGAAGAAGGACAAACUGUCCAUGGGAAUGAAACCGGAGUAUAACUUGGACUCCGGUCGGGAGUCUUUAGGUGAUGACGCAUCACGAGAUAUUGACCGUCUUCGUAGACAUCUAAAAUUGGCUCAGCAACACCUGGAUCUGGCCUAUCAGAAUGGAGAGAGCAGUCCUUCACGCAGCAGCAGCCCAGAGUCCAAUGGGACCGCUGUUGAGCAGAAUAGACUCAACUUUGCUCAGGAGAAGCAAGGAAGCACAUGUGAAAAAGGGAUCCGCGCUUGAGUGAGAACAUGGACCAUCAUCUGCUUUCUUGUACAGAGAAGCACCCCACCUGUGGUUGGCAUUGCUCAUCUGGGAAUGUGGACCAUGUCUACGUGUGUGUUUGUGUAUUUUAUGUUUGGCUGCUCUAAAAGGGUUGUGAAGCAACUUGAGACUGAGUUGAGCAUGUGUGUUUGUGAACACUGGUGAAUUAGUGAGAACAUGCCGUGCAGUAUUAUGGCAAGCAAAUGCCAAGUUAAAAUCUCAAAAGCAGCAUCUCGCCAGUCAGUUAUACUUGACAUCAGCCAGUCUGCCUGAUACUCCAAAGUGCCCAAAAGCUAGUUAGGAAGAUGGCAAGCUUUAAGAACUCCUAGGCGACUGUGCAUUGUCUUUAUCUCCUCUUCAUAUCCCUUUUUGCUUUUUUUUUUCAUAGAAAAAUAAAUCUGUGGUUCUUCCAUUUACCACACUUCUGAAGUGCCAAGGGUUGCAUCUCAAAUGCCUUAAAUCUUAAAACUGGAGUUUACCUGGAUCCUGUCAUUCCAAAAUGAGAUGUGCAAGCAAGUGUAAAACCACAUAGUUUAAUGUAGAUUUUUGCCUGUUGUAGUUUAGAACAGUUCAGUGUUUUUUCAGUAGUGGAUCACUAUUGUAUAUUUGUGUUUUGUGGACAAGAUGGGGCUCCUGUCAUUUAAAGGGGUAGUUUGCACUAAAAUGUAAAUUCUGUCAAUUAAUCACAGUUUCUCACGGUUUCAAACCUGCAUGACAUUUUCCUAUGGAACACACAAUUUGAUGUUUGCCUCGGUCACUAUGCACUUUCUU